UCUCUAUAAUAUCCAUGUUCGAUCAAUCAUUCUAUUAUCAAAAAAACACAAACUGAGCUAGCUACCCAAACCAAUUAAUGGCGACGAAUUUCAGUCAUGAUAUUGGAAAAAACCAACUAUUUUCAGAGUUAAUCAAACAAAACAAAACAAAUCCACCGCCGUCCCCGCCGCCGCCGACAAAGAACAAUCUAAUUAGAAUCGAAUCUAAUAUCUCAAAUGGAUCCUGGUCUCAAUUUUCCUCUGCUUCGACUUCCCCAUUAGGUUCGGAACUCAGUUCGGCUGAAACUGAUAACAACGAAGAAAAUCAGGAAUGGAAUGAAGAUUUUAUCCACCAAUUGACUCGCCAGAUCACCGAUUCUAUGCUCAACGAUGAUGAAGAAGAAGACGAAGAUUGUAUUAAGAAACACCGACGACGAGGAAAAAACAGAGAAAGAUUCGUCACUAAUAAUAGUGCCGUUGAAAGUUAUCCACCGACAUAUAUGGCGGUUCCUCUUCAACGAGUUGACUCGGGUUCAGGUAUGACGGCGGUGUUUUUAGGAAAACCCGGUUUGGUAAAUGGAUCUUAUGGAACCGGUGUGUUCUUACCACGUAACGUUGUCCACCCACCCGAAUCACGUAAAAAAAUAUCCGGAUCCUCAACUGUUCUUAUACCGACAAGGGUUAUGCAACUCCUGCAACUCCAUUUUGCAAAUGUGAAUAUCAGACCUCACCAAGAUUCGAUUUCAAGAGACUCUACGAACAUGAACUCUUGCACGAGUCAACAUCAACCUAAGUCAUCCGAUGAAAGUGUGGUUGUUGAGCAAAAUCAAGAGUCUAUUUUGCCUCAAGAAUGGACUUAUUAA